CGCUAAAGUUCAAGCCGGUAGUUUGACGUUUUCCAACUUGGCAAAUGUCGUACUUGUCGAAAUUUGACUGUAAAUCGGCUAGAGUGAAAGGAUUAGCUUUCCAUCCUAAAAGGCCAUGGAUUCUAAGCAGCCUUCAUACAGGGAUUAUACAGUUAUGGGAUUAUCGCAGUUGUACACUUAUUGAGAAGUUUGAAGGGCAUGAGGGACCUGUCCGUGGCAUUGAUUUUCAUGCCAACCAACCCUUGUUUGUCUCUGGUGGUGAUGACUACAAAAUCAAAGUAUGGAACUACAAGCAAAGAAAGUGCUUAUUUAAUCUGACUGGUCACUUAGAUUACAUAAGGACUACAUUUUUCCAUAAGGAAUACCCGUGGAUCUUGAGUGCUUCAGAUGAUCAAACUAUUCGUAUUUGGAAUUGGCAGUCGCGAACUGUGGUAUCCAUCUUAACGGGACACAGCCACUAUGUUAUGUGUGCUCAGUUCCAUCCAAAAGAAGACCUUAUUGUGUCGGCGUCUCUAGACCAAACUGUGCGUGUUUGGGAUAUGUCAGGGUUAAGAAAGAAAAGUGUGGCUCCUUCUUCACUAUCGAAUUUAGAGGAUCAUGCCAGACAAUUUACUGGACAGUCUGGUCCUGGAGGUUCUGGCCCUAAUUUGUUUGGUCCGAGCCAUACCGAACUAUUCGGGACGACAGAAGUCAUUGUUCGACACGUUCUUGAAGGUCAUGAUCGUGGUGUGAAUUGGGUUGCUUUCCAUCCAACUUUGCCUAUAGUCGUGUCUGCAGCAGAUGAUCGUCUAAUAAAAAUAUGGAGAAUGACUGAGUCAAAAGCUUGGGAACUGGAUACUCUUCGAGGUCAUUACAAUAAUGUUAGCUGCGUCGUCUUUCAUCCUAGACAGGAUUUACUGCUUUCUGAUUCUGAGGACAAAGCCAUCAGAAUAUGGGAUUUAGCCAAGCGAACCUGCGUUUCUACCAUUCGUCGUGAUUCAGACAGAUUUUGGGUUUUGAAUGCACAUCCCAAACUAAAUGUGUUUGCUGCUGGCCAUGAUACAGGGUUUGUAGUUUUCAAACUGGAGCGUGAAAGACCCGCAUUUACAGUGUACAAAGAUUACAUGUUUUAUGUGAAACUCCCAUACCUUAGAAGAGUAGACUUUACUGCUACCAAAGAUGUUCCAGUCCUUCAACUUAGAGAAGGUCGUGGUCUGGCUGUUAGUGCUGGUUACAAUCCAAUCGAAAAUGCUAUGUUAAUUCUUAGUCGUCCACGUCAGAGUGAAAUGGGACCGUCGUCGAAUUUGUCCAUAACCAGUGGUACUAAUAUGGUUUAUGACCUCUACAUGCUGCCUCGAACAAUAGAUAACACUAGUACACAACCUGAACACGUUGAAAGUCGAUCAGGUACUGCAAUUGCAGUUGCUUGGAUUGGUCGAAAUAGAUUCGCAGUGCUAGAAAGUUCAGGAUCAAUAGUUAUCAAGAAUCUUGCUAAUGAAAAUGUCAAGAAGGUGUCUUUUUCUGGUGUUGAUCAGUUUUUCUACGCCGGGACUGGUAAUUUGUUGAUUCGUGAUUCAAAUGGAAUCAGUUUGUGUGAUGUUGCCAACAAACGCACUCUAGCCACACUGAAACAUACUAAAUUCAUUCGGCAUGUUAUCUGGUCCCCCGAUGGUCAAUACGUUGGAAUGUUUACUAAAUUAUAUCUUUACUUAUGCGAUCGACAUCUAGAAGUGAAGGCUAGCAUUCAUGAAACAGUUAGAAUUAAAAGUGGUGCCUGGGAAGAACAUGGAGUUUUUAUUUACACUACAAGCAAUCAUAUUAAAUAUUGUCUAUUGAAUGGUGAUUAUGGAAUUAUUCGAACGCUUGAAUUACCUGUUUACAUUACACGUAUUCGCGGCAAUUCAGUAUAUUGUUUGGAUCGUGACUGCUCUCCACUUGUGUUUACCAUAGAUCCAACAGAGUUCCGUUUCAAAUUGGCACUUGUUAAUCGUAGAUAUGAAGAGGUCCUACAUAUGGUUCGUAAUUCAAACCUUGUUGGUCAAGCCAUAAUCGGAUAUUUAGAAAAGAAGGGUUAUCCUGAAGUUGCAUUACAUUUCGUCAAAGAUACACGUACUAGAUUCUCAUUGGCUAUGGAUUGUGGUCAGUUAGAUGUUGGAUUAGAAGCUGCUCAAGCUUUGGAUGAUAAAGCUUGUUGGGAGAGACUUGGUGAAUUGGCAUUGAAACAAGGGAAACUGCAGAUGGUUGAAAUGACCUACCAACGUGUUAAGAAUUUUGAUAAACUCACAUUUUUGUAUUUAAUAACGGGAAAUUUGGAUAAAUUAAAAAAGAUGAUGAAGAUAGCUGAAAUUCGAAAGGACACCUCAAGUCACUACCAUAUUGCAUUGCUUUUGGGUGAUGUAGCUGAACGUGUGAAGUUGUUGCGCAACUGUGGGCAGAAACCACUCGCUUAUCUGACUGCAGCCACUCAUGGUCUCAAUCAAGAAGCUAAAGAGUUAGAAGAGCAACUUUCAUCAUUGUCUUUACAAUCAAUGCCAUCUGAAACAAACGCUUCGUUUUUACCGGAAAUUGAUCCAAAUGCUAGUCUUAUUAUCCCUCCACCUCCGAUCAUCCGAGCGGAUAAAGUUGCAGAAGGAAUGAAUGCUGAAACUGAUUGGCCUCUACUUAGUGUACAGCUUGAUUUCUUCGAAACUGCUAUUGCUCAGCGUAGAAAUGCUGCAUUGAAAUCCACAGAGAAAGGUGAUGAACAAGAUAGUAAACCAAUCGGACCGUCAGUGGCCGCUGCAAGCUUGCUUUUAGAUACAGAGGAUGUCCCAGAGGGAGCCUGGGGAAGAGAUGCAAAUCUUGAGCUUGACGAACCAGGGGAAUUCGAAGAUGCUCUGGAGGCUGGCGAUACCGCAGAUCUCUCUGGUAUUGGGGAUAAAAGUGCAGAUGCUGGUGGUUGGGAUAUUAAUGAUGCAGACCUAGAAUUACCAUCUGAUCUUCAAGGUACUGGAGCAAUUUCCGCAGCAAAGACUGAAAAUGCAUUUGUUGCUCCAUCACCUGGCCGACCUAAUAGUCAUCUAUGGAGUGAAAAUUCUAACUUACCAGCUGAUCAAAUAAUGGCCGGCAAUUGGGUAAAUGCUAUGCGACUUCUAAAUGCCCAGGUUGGAGUUGUUAAUUUUGAACCUUACAGAACACUUUUCAUGAAUUUGUAUAGUGCUUCCCGUUCAAUGGGUUUAGGCUUACCGUUAAUACCCUCUCAAUUUUUAUAUCCUCAGCGUAACUGGAAAAAGAUUUCACCAACAUCUGCUGCACCAGCUCCUGUAAUUAAUUUGAGUGAGCUCAUAACACGUCUGCAAACAGCUUAUCAAUUAACAACCAAAGGCAAAUUUCAAGAUGCAAUCAAUCGAUUCAGAACAAUCUUAUUAUCAGUGCCAUUAUUAGUUGUUCAUUCGCCAUCUGAAGAAGCUGAGGCAAAAAGCCUGAUCAAUAUAUGCAGGGAAUAUAUUGUUGGCUUGUCAAUGGAAAUGACACGUAAAUCUAUGCCCAAGGAUACGCUACCUGAUCAGAUUCGAAACGCUGAAUUAGCAUGUUACUUCACACAUUGCCGUUUGGAAACACCUCAUCUUAUUUUGACUUUAAGAACAGCCUUAAAUUUGUUGUAUAAACUUAAAAACUUCCGUUCUGCUGCUGCUAUGGCGAGACGAUUGCUAGACCUUGCUCCGUCAAUGGAUGUCGCUCAACAGACUCGUAAAAUUUUACAAGCAUGUGAAGUAGCAACGCCAAAUGAAGAUUCUCAUACCCUCAGUUAUGAUCCUUUAAAUCCCUUCGAAAUUUGUGCUGCCACUUAUGUUCCUAUUUAUAGAGGUAAAGAUUCGGUUCGUGAUCCUUUAAGUGGAGCUUAUUAUGUAUCAUCUAUGAAAGGUCAGCUUUGUCGUGUUACUGGGGUAACUGAAAUCGGCGCUGAACACCAAGGAUUAGUAAUUCGAUCUAGUCGUUCCUAAAACGAGUUCAAUCAGGAGACAAUACCUGUAGGAGGAUUAAUAAAUUAUGGUUCAUCAUUACAAUUAUUUUGUAUGAUGGGAAACUUUGGGGGGGGGGCUAUUCUAUGUGCUGUGAUUUUUCCUUUCUCUUUUACUUUUGUUUUGUCACUCUUUUAUCAGUAAUAAUAGUAAUAAAAAAAUGUGAAAUUACUUUUGUUUGGUACACUUAUCAAUAAUAAACAUAUACUUCUUGUUAA